CGGAGUUGGCUACAGAACCGAGGGAGAGAUGGUGCCGGCUGCAAGGAAAUCUGCUUUUUCUGAUGAAAAAUAAGAGCCAGGGAAGGUGUCAUCUCCCUGCAGUGUGUUCACAACAGGGGAUAAAGAUGGAUUGCUGGAGCAGAGUGCAGAGAGUUCUGAAGCCUCCAAAGUGGUAAUCCUGGAACGAUGCUGGGUUGUGGAGUUCAGGAGUAAAGCAGAUGUUUCAAUAGUUCUCAAGUUCGGGAGCGGAGAAGCAGAUCCUUACCUUGAAGCUGCAUUACCUUGAAGCCAGGCUGCCAAUCUUGGGCUGUGGCACUGGCAGAGGCACACUCAGGAGGUCUGUGGAAUAAAAUUCAGCAGCUCCAAAGGCUGAUCAUGGAAAUCAAAGAGGAGAGAGCAUCUGAUGAAGCACGUCAGUUUCUUCCUUCAUCCCAAGCAGACAGUCUGGGAGAGCCACAGUUUACAAGUAUUCAAAGACUUGCAAAUGAGCCAAAGCUGGAGUUCAGUCUGGCAUGCAAGGACCUGGUGGCUGCUACCCGUGAUCGCAAGCUGAGUACCUUCGUACAGGUCUCGGUGGUGCAUCCAGCAGAGCACGUUUUGACGAGGUAUUCAAGCACUGAAAUCGUGGAGGGUACAAGAGAUCCACUGUUUUUGACUGGUGUGACAUUCCCACCGGAAUACCCCAUCUAUGAAGAGACUAAAAUAAAACUAACAGUCUACGAUGUCAAGGAUAAGUCUCAAGACACAGUCCGCACCAGUGUUCUACCUGAUCACAAGGAGCCAAGAGCUGAGAGUGGAAGAAGCUUCCUGGGUUGUGCAACUUUUAGAGUAGGAGACUUGGUAAAGUCAAAGGAGCAGCAGCUGACCCUCACCCUCAGGACUUCUGAUGGUGGAAAGACAGUUGGUACCAUUGAGGUCAAUCUUGUGAAGAUGGGAGAGCUGGAGGAUAGGGAAACGGAUCAUAUCACAACAGAUGCCCAGGAUCAAAAGUGUGCACUGGUUCGUGAAUGUACAGCCACUGAAGGCAUCAGUGGGAGAGACAACUCACCUUCCUUAAAUGCAGUGUUAAAAAACCCAAUCUGUAAGUUAUAUAGAUUCCCUACUUCUGACAACAAGUGGAUGAGGAUCCGGGAGCAGAUGGCUGAGACAACCCUCUCCUUCCAUGUUCCUAAAGAACUGAUCAACCUGCACAUAAAGGAGGAUAUGAGAAGGAAUCAAGAACUUAAAGACUUGGGAGAGCUUGCUCCUCACUGGGACAACAUGCGCAAAAGUGUCAUUGCUCACUGUGAUCAGAUGUUGAGCAUGUACCAGGAUACUCUGGCAGAGCUGGGGAAGCACACAGGUUCUUCCUUCAAAUCGAGCUGUAGCAAAGGAGAAAAAACAUUAGAGUUCAUCCCAAUAAAUCUUCAUCUGCAAAGGAUGCACGUGCAUAGCCCUUGCUUGAAAGAUGCUCUUUAUGAUGUUAUCACCGUGGGAGCCCCAGCAGCACAUUUCCAAGGAUUUAAGAAUGGUGGGCUCCGGAAACUGCUGAGUAAAUUCGAGGCAGAAAGGCGAAAUACUGGAUACCAGUGUAUUUACUACUCACCUGAAAACACAGCCAAAGCAAAGGAAGUCCUCAGCAACAUCAAUCAUCUCCAACCGCUCAUAUCAAGCCAUGCAGACCUGCUGCUUAAUUCUGCAAGCCAGCAUUCUCCAGACAGCUUGAAGAGUUCUUUAAAGAUGCUUUCAGAAAAAACAGAGUUAUUUGUGCAUGCCUUUAAGGAUCAGCUGGUCAGAAGUGCCCUUUUAGCACUAUACACAGCCAGACCUGGCUGUGUCCUCAAGAAACCAGCUGUGCCUAGAAGCAGUGAAGAAGAGCGGGGUGAUGUACAGCAUCAGGAUCAUCCUUCUCAGGUUAAAAGGCAGGACUCUAUACCCCAUCAUUCUGAAUAUGAUGAGGAAGAAUGGGACAGAGUGUGGGCCAACGUGGGCAAGAGUUUAAACUGCCUUAUUGCCAUGGUGGACAGACUGCUUGAAAAAGCCAACAUCAGUGACGUUAAAGAGGGUGAGAAGGACCCUCCAGCAGCAGAUUGCAAGGUGCUGCCUGCAGGUGGUGACUGGUAUGAGCAGCUUUAUCCCCUGGUGAUUACGCUGAAGGACUGCAUGGGAGAGGUGGUGACCAGGGCGAAGCAAUCGAUGGCGUUCGUUCUGCUCCAGGAGCUUGCCUGUGGUUUGCCACAGUGUUUGAUGCUGACCCUAAGGAGAGACAUCGUCUUUAGUCAAGCACUUGCUGGAUUGGUCUGUGGGUUUAUAAUCAAACUGCACACAGGCUUACAUGAUCAAGGCUUUUUACAGCAGCUCCACACUGUUGGAUUGCUUGUGCAGUAUGAAGGACUUCUUAGUACAUACAGUGAAGAAGCAGGGAUGCUGGAGGACAUGGCUGUGGGGAUUUCAGAUUUGCAGAAAGUCAUGUUUAAAGUCAUUGAAGCCAAAUCAGAAGAUUUUUUGCCUAUUAUAACUGGAAGGCGUGAACAUUACAUUAUAGAGGUCCAACUCCCAGCAAAAAUGUUUGAGUUGCUGCCACAAGAGAUUAAAGAAGGAAAGCUACUUCGUAUGUAUCCAGUACUCUUUAAUGUGGGGAUCAAUGAACAGCAAACACUGGCUGAAAGGUUUGGAGAUACCACUUUGCAAGAAAACAUCAACCAGGAAAACUUAGAACUUCUAAAAGAAUAUUACAAGCUGUUUACAGAAAAAAUGCCUCCUGAUUGUCUACCACAUUUUCAAGAACAAAAUGAUUUAAAGGGGUUGCUAGAAAAUCUCCAUCAAAACAUCCAGGCCAAAAAGAGGAAGAAUGUAGAAAUCAUGUGGCUGGCUGCAACGAUUUGCCGCAAGCUGAACGGAGUCCGUUUCACCUGCUGCAAGAGCGCCAAAGACCGCACGUCCAUGUCGGUGACACUGGAGCAGUGCUCCAUCCUGAGGGACGAGCAUCAGCUUCACAAAGACUUCUUCAUUCGGGCCCUGGACUGUAUGAGAAGAGAAGGAUGCCGCAUAGAGAAUGUACUGAAGAAUGUCAAAUGCAGAAAGUAUGCAUUCAACAUGAUACAGCUGAUGGCUUUCCCAAAGUACUACAGACCUCCAGAAGGCACAUAUGGAAAAGCUGACACCUAAGUUUAACCAAAGUGUAAUCAGGAACAUACACCAUGCUAAUUAGUGAAUAUAAAAGUUGCUGUUUGUGGCUUAUUAAGUGGGAAUGUGUAAGUAACUGAGGUGUUAUUUUUAUCAGGUUUUAUCCUUUUACAGUAAGGUAACUGCAGUUAGCCCUCGUGAAGUGAAGCACCAUGGCAAAGCAACAGACUGAAUAUUCUUGAGCCCAACAUAUAUUCAACUUCCCUUUGUGAAGUUGAAGCAGAGUUAUGACUUAAAAGCCAACUGGAAUGAGGGGGUAUGGGUCAUAUUAGUCAAAGAUGAGAAUGAGAAAUGUCUUUCACUCUAGGAAGUGCUGUUGCAAUGGGGAAGGUGGCAUCUUGCCUCUGAACUGAAGGCUGAGGUUUGAUUUGAGGGGUCUCUUGCUGCUGGAAAGCAUGUUUUCUGGAACCAGCACAGCACAUUCAGCUUCCCUCUGUGAAGCUGAAGCUGAGUUAUGACUCAAAAGCCAGCCAGAACAAGGGGGUUUUGGUCAUUUUAAUCAAAGAUGAAAAUGAGAAACAUCUUUCUCUCUAGGAAGUGAGGUUGCAAUGGGGAAGGUGACAUCCUGCCUCUGAACCCAAGCCUGAGGUUUGGUUUGAGAGGUCUCUUGCUGCUGGGAAGCAUGUUUUCUGGAACCAGCAUAGCACCAAGGUCUUGAUUAAAUACUUCAAGUAAGCAUUUAUGGCAGAUGCUGAUGUUAACACCUGGGCUAAAUAUCAUUUUGGUAAUUAGAUUUAGCUUCUUUACAUAAGCACAGUAACUUCAUAAUAUGCUUUUACUAAUUACAGUCUGUGAUUGCUGGCUCCUUGGGAGGAGUGAUAAUACCAUGCACCAGUACAGAUCAGGGGUUCACCUGCUGGAAAGCAGCUCCGUGGAGAAGGACCCCGGAGUCCUGGCGGACGUUAUCCAUGGGACAUUAAUGCGCCCUUGUGGCCAAGAAGGUCUGCACCCCAGGAUCCCAUUGGAUCGUUUGGGUGCAUCAUUCUUGGCUUUUUCUACCACAGCCAAAGCCCACUUACCUCACUUGCACAGGAAUCACACUGAAAUCAGGGUAUUCAUUCAUUCUACAAGUAAGUUGACUUGAAUCUGACCUGUCCUGUUCCCGUUUAUUGUAAACCCUUUAAACUGUCAGCAGUUGUAAGGAAAAUGAGUUGUACAGACAGGAGUUACUCUAUCUUUAGGCUACAAAAACAUGUCUGUUUUUACAGAGCCUAAGAGAAGUGUUAUGAGUAACCUGCUGUAUUAGGACUAGUCACUGCAGCUGAUUUAUACCAUGUGUGUAAUGCUGCACAGAGACACUCUAGGAUGAAGAGCUAUCAGCUUUAGAAAUGAAUGGUAAUGCUUCUGCCAGCUUGUGUUAGUCCUUGAAUUUGUCUUGCAAAGAACAUUUGUGUUUUCUAAUUGUAUCUAUUUAUUGCUGCCUUAUGCCUCCCAGAGAGAAAUACAAUUAAAAACCCCCAAGUAUUCACUGGUUACUGACCUUUAUGUAAUGCAUUCAUUUGGAAGGGAAAAAAAUAUCUAGCUAUCUAGAGCAGAAGAGUGAAAAUUUUAUCUUAAUGAAACUGCAUUGGGAGUUUGAGCAUCUGUACAAAACUGUAAUUGCCCUGGAUAAAGAAUUAAUGUUUGCUUGUUCCUAUGGAAGUCAAAAA